CGAGCCCUGAGUCCUGAGUCCCGAGUCCCGAUCGCCCGAGUCCCUCAGCGAGCCUCCGGUGAGCUCGACAUUCCGGUUUUCCAGCCCUUCAGCCCUCGCGAUUCGCGAUUAGCCCUAUCAGCCGCACCGAGCCCCUCCCCCCUUGAGAAACCACCUUACAAUAUGAACCAGGAGAUUAGCCCUCGGCGAGCGCAAAUGAAAGGGGAAUCUCCAGAGCACAGAAAACGUGCGCAGAAGCGGACCGAGAACUGGAUGGCGCAAUGCUGCCGCGGAAUGAGCUUGGCCCGCAUUGGAAAAAUAGCGCUCCUCUUAUGCGGCCUCAUAUUCACGUGGAGAACUUCGAUACUGAUGGCGCAAGGGCAACAAACUGCCGCCGAGGAUUUUUGCGCAGAGCUAAGCCGUGCGACAAACUUCUUCGGCGAGUUCAACGAGGCCUCCGCAGAAGCUGAGGCGAUCGAGCACAUCAAAGCCUUGAGCAAAGAGUUUGCGGCACUCGCCGACAUUCUGAACCUCACGGUGCAUAGGACUUGAAGGAAAACCCGCAGAUCAGGCUUCGACACUGCAUCGAAAAUUCAAUGAUAAGCUCACUGAUCGGAAAGUGUGUACAGGUACAGAAGUACACACUGACCUUUUUUAGAAAAACUGAUUUCGUCGGGAGCCGAGUGAAUUGAAGCGAAUGUUCCCUGAAGAGCCGCAGUCCCUAGUUCGUAGGUAGAAGAAUCGCCGCUCUGCUGAGCUUGAUAAUAAUAUGACUUUCGUAUACUCUCCAGCAAAUAAAGUCCCUCAAUG